AUGAAUUUUUCAAUUGCAUCGGGUUUACUACCAAAAGUAAAUCAGAAAGCUUCUGAACUUUUUUGCCCUCAGGAGAAGGAAUUACCCUACAUUUUCGAUAUUUCUGCCACUUCGACCUUCUGUGUUGUAUCAGGCUCAAACCAUGAGCUUCACUCAUGGAAUUAUAAUAAUGAUUCCUUAUCGUUCAAUGGAAAAUUGGCAUUUCACACCGAUACAGUUACGAAACUGAAAAUACAUAAAGAUCAUUUAUUGAUUUCUAGCUCAAAGGAUGGUCGCAUCGCGAUAUGGGAUUUGCGAGUACCGAACAGCGAACCAGUGCAAGUGCUUCAAGCCGGAAAAAGGGAACCUUUAUUAUCUUUCGACGUUAACAAUCUAGACACAAUCUUGGCAGCCGGCACAGAACUUUUUAACGAGGAUGCGAAAAUAAUUUUCUGGGACUUGAGGAAUUCUUCAAUUAUGUCCCAGUUUGUCGAAUCGCAUAAUGAUGAUAUUACUCAAAUUCAAUUUCAUCCGACGAGCCCUUCGCAGCUGAUCAGUGGCUCUGUGGAUGGUUUGAUAUGUAGUUUUGAUCUAAAGAACUUUGACGAGGACAACGAAUUAAGUGGUGUGAUAAAUUCCAGUUCUUCAAUAAGUAAAGCAGGAUACUUUGGGUCUGAUGGCGAAUAUGUAUAUUGCUUGACUCACACGGAAACGUUUAGUUUAUGGGGAGCUUCUGAAUGUAAUUUACUUUGUGAUUUUGGAGAUGUUCGGCAAAGUUCGGUCCCUAUUGACUACGCUAUAGAUUGUCAAUUUGACAGUUCCACAAAUCGACUAUUUCUAUUUACUGGAUCCCAAACUGGGGUCUUGGGUGUAUUACACGUGGCCGUAAAUGAAUUACAAUUAUGCCAAACUCUGAGUGGUGGACAUUCUGAAAUUAUUCGUAGUGUUUUCUGGAAUCCAAAGACAAACAUUUUUCUUACCGGUGGCGAAGAUGCAAAGUUAUGUUUGUGGGGGCCUUAG